AUGCUCUCCGUCGGCGUAAUUCCAAGUGAUUUGACAAAGCGUUCAGGUGAAGCUGUAGUCGUCGCUGAGAAGUACGGUGAUGCCUCAGCGGUACAUUUCACUGACUCUCAAUUGCUACGCCAAGUUGUUUUUGUAGCCUAUUUAUUCAGCUUUGGAGUUAGGAUAACCAAACUUUUCGGCUUCAUAAAGUGUGUUGAUGAGCCAGUUGAUUCCUGGGCUAGUGUGGUAGAUGAUAUUGACUCCAUGUUUCACACACAUCUUGACGCUGUCUCGAGCUCGGGCGUGGGCACACAGUCUGAUACCUUGUCGGCGAACAAUCUUACGCGCUAUGAGUCUCGAAAAUCCUUCGCCAGACAUACUGAGCUUCAUCUUGUCAACGCCGAUUUUGAUGUGAUGACGAAUCAUCUCUCGCAUUUGGAGCGGUCCUUUGGUAAAUGCUGUGAUGCUAGGAACGAGUUAGCCAUCUUGGACUUCUAUCUCUUGACCAUUUGCAAAGUAUCUCUGUCUUUCGCAGAUGCGCGGCUAAAUUACGUGGUAUUUCCAGAGUCAGGAUAUUUCUUCGCCCAGUCACGCAAGGUUGAUACAAAGAGUGAGACGGCACCUUCAAUGAUUUUCACGUCUUUCCACGAGGAUUUUAGAAUCCUACGGUGUCCCUUUCAUCUGGCAGUUCUUGGGCUUGAUUUGCGAGAUCUGGCCUAUCAUACCAUUUGUGUGUACUACGGAAAGGGUCAUACUGUGGCCUCUGUUGGAGUAGCGGGGUUGGAAACGUGGGGUAGUGAAGAUUCAAUUACGUCCCUUCAAACUUCAAAUUUCCUAGUAGUAUGGCGAAAGAUUGAACCGCUUGUAAAGUCUUAUGCCGGCGGGGAAGUGGAAGCAAGGCUACCAGGCACAGAGAAACGAAGAAUAAUGAAAGACUAA